GCUCAUUUUGAUUGUCUUCAUAUGUCUGCCUAAGUAUUUACAUCUGUUAACUAGAGGUUUGUCAAGUACAAAAGGUGUUUCAUGAGAUAAAGGGCUGGUUCACUGGAACCUCAAAGAGGUUGGAAUUCGAGGUACCAAUAUAGUUGUGCUUGGGGUAGAAAAAAAGUCUGUCGCUAAGCUUCAAGAUGAAAGAACUGUGAGGAAGAUUUGUGCUCUUGAUGACCACGUUUGCAUGGCUUUUGCAGGCCUGACUGCUGAUGCUAGAGUAGUGAUAAACAGAGCCCGGGUGGAGUGCCAGAGCCAUAAGCUCACAGUGGAGGACUCGGUCACCGUAGAAUAUAUAACUCGCUUCAUAGCAACCUUAAAGCAGAAAUAUACCCAGAGCAAUGGACGAAGACCUUUUGGCAUUUCUGCCUUAAUUGUAGGUUUUGAUGAUGGUGGUAUCCCAAGAUUAUAUCAGACAGAUCCCUCGGGUACUUAUCAUGCUUGGAAAGCAAAUGCAAUAGGCCGUAGUGCUAAAACUGUUCGAGAAUUUCUAGAAAAGAAUUACACAGAAGAUGCCAUUUCAAAUGACGAUGACACAAUCAAAUUAGCAAUAAGAGCAUUGCUCGAAGUUGUCCAGUCUGGUGGGAAGAACAUUGAACUGGCUAUAAUAAGAAGAAAUCAACCCUUGAAGAUGUUUAGUGCCAAAGAAAUUGAACUACAAGUAUCUGAAAUAGAAAAGGAGAAGGAAGAAGCAGAGAAGAAAAAAUCAAAGAAGACUGGCUAAUUCUUGGAAUAUUUGGAGCUUUUAAUGCUCUGUUAUACUUCUUGGAAUUACUUUCUGGAAUUUGAGAGGAAAUUCAUUUUCAGUGUUAUGUUUAGUACAUGUAGGUGCUGCUUUGAAAAUGUCAGCUAUGUGGCCAUCUGUAGUCUACUAUGCAGUACCAAAUAUAGGUUAAUGUGAAGGUUUUUCUUGAAAAAGAGAUUCUAGUCAUUGUUGAAAACAGUCUUAGUUCCACGUAAGCCUGAAACUACAUCACUUGUCCAGUGUGUUGCUUUUCUUCAUAUAAACAAAUUUAAUU